AACAACAUGGCCACCCACAGUAUGAGCAGAGUGUUUCGACCAAGUCUCUGUCGUCGUCUGCUGUCAAAUGGCAGAGUCAGUGUCCGUGCAACUCGUAGCUGCUCCUACUUUCCCAUCGAUGAUAGUUUGUACAAUUUGGCUGAAGAGCAGCGACAGCUACGACAGAGUGUUUUCCAGUUUGCACAGAAAGAACUUGCCCCAAAGGCAGGAGAAAUUGAUAAGACCAAUGAUUUCAAAGAUAUGAGGGAUUUCUGGAAAAAAUGUGGAGAACUUGGUCUCCAUGGAAUCACUGCUCCAAGUGAGUAUGGAGGAUCUGAAAUGUCCUACCUGGACCACUGUCUUGUGAUGGAGGAACUGUCUCGAGCAUCGGCCUCCAUUGCCCUCAGCUAUGGAGCUCACUCUAACCUCUGCAUCAAUCAAAUAGUUCGCAAUGGCAGUGAGGAGCAGAAGAAAAAGUAUUUACCCAAGCUGAUCAGCGGAGAACAUAUCGCAGACCGUACCCCAGGGCAGCGUCAACCUCCAAAGGGAAGUCUACGAAGUCGUCAAGAACUUUCUCAGCGAGAUCGUUCCAGCCGCAGAAGGGACCACUAUGUACUGAAUGGUAACAAAUUCUGGAUCACCAAUGGCCCCGAUGCUGACGUGCUGGUUGUGUACGCCAAGACCAACCCCACCACAGACAAGCCACAGCAUGGAAUCAGUGCUUUCCUCAUUGAGAAGUCUUACCCUGGGUUCAGCACGGCCCAGAAGCUGGACAAGUUGGGGAUGCGAGGAUCCAACACAUCCGAACUCAUCUUUGAGGACUGCAAAGUACCAGAGGACAAUAUGCUGGGACAGAAGGACCGAGGCGUUUACGUCCUGUUUAGCGGUCUAGACAUAGAGCGAUGUAUCCUGGCGGCAGGCCCUCUGGGAAUCAUGCAAGCUUGCUGUGAUGUUGCAUUCCAAUAUGCACAUAUUCGAGAGUGUUUUGGAACCAAAAUUGGACACUUCCAGAUGAUUCAAUCCAAGAUGGCUGACAUGUACACCAUUUUGAAUGCCAGCCGUUCAUAUGUGUACAAUGUCGCCAGGGCUCUAGAUAGAGGAGAGCGACAUCCUAAUGACUGUGCUGGGGUGAUCCUCUACACUGCUGAGGCGGCCACCAAGAUGGCUCUGGACUCGAUUCAGAUCUUGGGUGGUAAUGGCUAUAUCAACGACUACCCAACGGGACGUCUACUGCGGGAUGCCAAGCUGUACGAGAUAGGCGGGACUAGUGAGAUCAGGAGACUAGUCAUCGCCAGAGCCAUCAAUGCUCACUACAGAUAACUGGAUUGAGACAAAACUAGACAAGGCUGUCAUUCUAGGUUAUCAGGUUAUCACACAACAUAAUUGUUGUUCUAUACAAAUCACUUUGGUAGCCAACCUUGCUGGUGGUAGCACUAAUGAAACUAUCCAGAGCUGGCAUUAAGGAGGGGAACAAAAAGCUAUUUUUUUAGAUUAUGUAAAAUACAAAAAUUAGGGUCAACAUGUGACAUAGAACAUUGCAACACAGACAUAGUCAGAAUUCAGUGGUCCCUCAAGUGGUAUUUUAUAGGAAGUGUAGUUUGCUACGUGUUGAGAUUUUUAGUCACAACCUCUCAAGUAUAUAAAAUGAAAUACCAGCAGUUUGCUGAGAUCUACUGUACAUCUGUCGGCCUUGGUGGUGUGUCUUGUAUUGUAAAUACUUCUCUAUAGUUAUAUCUCAGGUGGCCCUAGUGUAUGCACUAGAUUGUGUCCUCCAUGUAUAUAUGGUGUGUAUGUUGGGUUGUGAUAACAUCUGUAGCACACUGAUGAAAGGGGACGUUAAGGCGUAUAGUUAAGGCGUAUAUUUACUGUUGCAGUACUAAUAAGGUAUUGGCACAAUUGAUGUAUUUAUAUUAGAUAUGGUAAAAUACUUCCUCUGUCUCCUGUAUUGUUGACCAACAUGGAUGAUAACUACUGAUAUUGUAACUUGCCACCAGAGUAUUGCCAAAAGGAUCAUGGACAGUUCUGAUACAUUAAUAGUUCAGCCGUUCUGUUGUAUUAAAACAGUCAUGUGACAACUGUUGAAUAACAUGGGGAAUGAAGAACAGUUGCAUUCUAAUGGGAAAUGGUGAAGAACGGUUUGUAUUCACAUGGGAAUUGACGAAGAACAGUUGUGUUAACAUGGGAAAUGGCGAAGAACAGUUGUAUUCACAUAGGAAAAGGUGAUGAACAGUUGUGCUCACAUGAGAAACUGUGAAGAACAGUUGUAUUAACUUGAGAAACUGUGAAGAACAGUUGUAUACACGUGUGCCUUGUGUUUGAAAUUGAGCAUGGAAGUCUAGUCAUGUAAACACUUAAUGAUUCAGGGCCGUUCCUCAAAGUGAUCGUAGCGCUACGACUGUCGUAAGUCUAUGUUAGAGUUUGGGAGUAAAGAUCAUCUUAGUCAUAGGAUUGCUUUGAGAAACGGGGCCCAGGGCAUCCCAUGAAGAGACGUAGACACCACUCAAUAUCUAACAUUCAAGGCUGUACAAACAUGAGUGCUAGAGUAUAAUAGCUUCUUAAUAUGUGUGGCUAUAUAUAUAAAGCUAUAUUAGAUUGAA